AUGGCAUUAUUUGUUCCUGUUAUCAUUGGCCUCCCCAUUGGAUAUUUCACUUGGGCUAAAGUAUUUGAUACCGUCGACAACAGUGUAUAUCAGAUCGCUUCGAAAAAGCAAUCUACAAUCUCUUCAUCACAUUCAGAUGGUAGCAUCGCAGACAGUGCAGCACUGGCAAAGCCUCCAAACUCCAAAUUAGCAGCAGGAUUGGGUGCUUUGGUCUCUGUGGGCUUACUGAGUAAAGUGACAUUUACACCCCAAACAAGACAUAGGUUAUUUUUUGCUCAAGCACCACCAAACAGCAACAUUCGUAUUGUGACAUUAAAGCUAGGAAUAGAGCUAUUGGUGAGAUCAGGUGUUGUAUUUUAUGGUGGAGCGUCUGGUGGAGCAAUAGCAGGUCGAUUAGCAGCUUCAUCCUCUUAG